CACAAAGGGGCCAUUCGGUGGGUCCGACUGCGCCACCCGUCCACUCGUCGCCCGGUCGCCUACACUCCCGGUCCGGGUUCGAGCUCGUCUCGGCGACUCGGCCGCCUCGAAGUGCCUCCCUCCUGUCCAGCGUGUCGCCGGGCCGCUCGAGAGUUCCACGAACUCGGCUUCUCGUCACGCACUCGCUGGGCCCGAGGCACGAAGAUGCCCUUUCGCGAGGGGACAUUACUUGGUACCGACCCCCUUCCCGGCGAGGCCGCCCUCAGCAGGCCAGGACCCAUUUGGAGUAGCGAAUUAGGCCAGACGACACCGUCAUUUGGCGGAGGCAACCAAAGUCGUGUCCGGAUAAAGGCCAAAACGUGGUGUUUUUGCUGCGAUGCACAUUCUUUCCCCGCCACCUGCUGGCCCGCAUCACCCCAGCCGGGAGAAGAAGAUGAUGAAGAGCAGCCGCCUUGGCAGAGCCCUCGGAGCCAGAUUUGCCAAAGAGGAAGACACCAUGUAGGCGAAUGUCGGACAGUUACUAAGGCGACCACUGCUUUUUAG